AUGGCUGGCACGUACCGGCGCCUCCGCGUGAUAGGCAAGGGCAGUUUCGGCUGCUGCUGGCUCGCCGAGGACGAGCGCCAGGAGAGGUGCGUCAUGAAGCAGAUCGACAUCUCCACGAUGCCGGCUGGGCAGCGAGAAGAGGCCGCAAACGAGGUGCGGGUGUUGUCGAAGCUUCGCCACCCGUUCAUCAUCGGUUACAAAGAGUCCUUCGUCGAGGAAGGAGUUCUCUGCAUCAUCACCGAGUACGCUGGGCGCGGCGACCUCUACCAGCUCAUUCACGACCACAAGAGUUGCGGGCGGUGUUUUGAGGAGUCUCUCGUGAUGCGUUGGUUCACGCAAAUAGCCCUUGCCCUCAAGCACGUGCACGACCGCAAGAUACUUCACCGCGACCUCAAAACACAGAACAUCUUCGUGGUUGGGUCUGGGGAUGGCACGGCCAAAAUCGGAGACUUUGGCAUCUCACGCGUGCUCCAGCACACGAGUGAUUGCGCCAUGACCGCGAUUGGCACUCCCUACUAUCUGUCUCCUGAGAUCUGCCAGGAGAAGCCAUACAAUCAGAAGUCUGAUGUUUGGUCGUUGGGCUGCGUUCUUUACGAGCUUGCCACCUUGCAGCAUGCCUUCGACGCCGACUCGAUGCGUGGCCUCGUGAUGAAGAUAUUGCGAGGCGUCCCUCCUCAGGUGCCGCUGAUUUUCAGCGCCGAGGUGCGAGAACUGGUCCCCGAUAUGCUCGUCAAAGACCCCUGCGCACGCCCGUCCAUAAAUCAGGUGCUGCAGCGCCCAGUGGUCCGGCACGUGAUCCAUCAGCUGCUCCAGGAGAUCGAGCAGCAACCCGCCUCGGUCGUCGGCCAGCCCAAGACGCCGGAGGAUGCAGCGAUGACGAAGCUGCCGCAGGCGGCCUCGUGGGCCCCGGGGCCCGCGGCGGCGGCGAAGCUGCCGCGAGGCUCCCCGGAGGCGGGGCAGGCCCCCACCGCGCCGAGCGGCCCGCAGUGUCGGGAGCUGGAGCGGGCGGCGCCUGCUUCAGGGCUCAGCGAGGCCGCGCCGCCGACGGUGCCGGACCACACGGUGGGUGACCACCCCAGGAGGGAGCGGCCGCUGGAGCCCUCGUCCGCCAGCCCGCAGCACCAGCACCAGCUCGGGCACGGCCAGCUGCAGGAGGGGCCGCCUGCUGGCGCCGCUGCGCUCCCGCCCCCGGGCGCCGGCGGCGCCGCCGAGCCCGCCCCGGCCCGGGCCGGCCAGGACCGGCGUGGCGGCGGCGGCGCGGGGAGGCGGGACGAGGCAGGCGCCGCGGCGCCCGAGCGGGGGGCCGCCGCCCCCGCGCCGCCCGCGGAUCCACAGGAACAGUGGGCGCUCCUGUCCAUCACGCUCACCGAGUGCCUGGCUGGCGACGCAGGGCGCGCCGCGGCAAGCAGCGGCAGCAGCGCGGGCACGAAGGCGACCAGGGCGGCGACCGAGCCAGGGUCGGCCGGAGCAGGGAGCCCUUCGCUCAGCUUCCGUGGGCCCGAUGGCGUUCCCGUGGAGCUGCACGUGGGGGAGAAGGACUCGCUUUGUUACCGCGCGGAAGCCCUGCGGGUGUACAUCGAGCGCGAGCUUGGCAUAAACGACUUCCUGUACGCCUACCGGCACUUGAAUGAGAACGUGUUCUCAGAUGACAUGGUCGACAGGUGUAAGCCCUUGGAGGCUGUGAUCUCGUCGAAGGCGAUCGGCUUCAUGCCGCUCAUUCACCAGCUCAUCGUGUGCGAGGACGAGUGCUUUGGGCAGUGA